UGGGACUCCUACCUGUCAAGGUUCGGGUUCCACCUCGAAGCCUCCGACAUCACGACGGAGGAGAAGAAGCGGGCGACGCUCCUGAGCUCUUGCGGAAAGAGCGUGUUCGACAUCGCCCGGUCCCUGGUGGCACCAGCGGACAUCUCGACCGUCUCGUACAAGGACCUGACCGAGAAGCUGCAGGCACAUUUCUCCCCGAAGCCAUCGGAGAUUGCGUGCCGGCAUGCCUUCUACAAGAGGGGUCAGGCGGCCAGCGAGUCGGUGGCGGAGUUUGUGGCUGCCCUACGAAAGGCGGCAAGGCCCUGCAACUUCGCGAAUGUGGAAGAGGCCCUCCGAGACCGGCUCGUGUGCGGGACGGGGAAGAUCCACGUCACAGUCUACCUCAACGGAGUGCCCUGCAGCAUGGAGGUCGACUCCGGAUCGUCCGUGACCGUCCUGUCCUCCCACACCUGGCAGCGCAUGUUCCCGACCAGGAGCCGGCGGCGUUUGAAAGCCGCUGAAACGCAGGUGUCCGAUUUCCAGGGGAGGCGCAUUCCUCUGGCGGGGAGGGACACCUUCAUGGUCGAGUUUAAAGGGAAAUGUGUUGAAUUGUCUUGUUUGAUUGCCGAAGGUAACCGGGUGAAUUUACUUGGGUUGGAGUGGUUUGAACCACUCGGUAUAGCACUUACUGGAGUGAAUGCAGUAUCGGAAAAUAAAUGGGCUGUACUAUAUAAGGAAUUUCCUGAUGUGUUCGGGGGCGGUCUGGGAAAGUACAAAGGGCCCCCUGUGUCUUUUGAGCUCGAUCCAUCUGUGACACCUAUACGGUUGAAGUAUAGGAAGGUGCCAAUCCCGCUUAAACCACGGAUCGAAGCCGAGCUGGACAAGCUCAUAGCCCAAGGAGUAUUGGAGCCAGUCCCAUUUAGCAAAUGGGAGACGCCUAUAGUCACGCCAGUAAAAUCGGAUGGCUCCAUCCGAAUAUGCGCUGACUAUAAGUGCACGAUCAACCGUGCCUUGCAGCAGCAUUCCUACCCUGUCCCGGUAAUCAGCCACGUCCUGGCGUCACUGGGAGGGGGGAAAGUGUUUGCAAAGUUCGACCUCGCCCAAGCCUACCAACAGCUGCCUGUGACCAGGGAGGCGGCUGAGGCGCAGACAAUCGUCACCCACAGAGGGGCUUUUCGAGUGAACCGGCUCCAGUUUGGGGUAAACGUGGCUCCAGGAGUGUUCCAAGGCCUCAUGGAAGGGUUACUGAGGGGAGUUCAGGGGACUGUCCCUUAUUUUGACGAUGUGUUGGUGGCUGGGAGGUCCGAUGAGGAACUCAUGAGCAGAGUUCGAGAGGUACUGAAACGGUUCUCUCAAGCGGGACUUAAGGUGAAACAGUCCAAAUGUAUAGUGGGUGUUCCCAGUGUGGAAUUUUUGGGGUUCAGGAUCGACGAACAUGGUGUCCACCCCACAGAGGACAAGGUGAGGGCAAUUAAGGAUGCCCCAUGUCCAGGGAACAAAAAGGAGCUCCAAGCAUUCCUUGGACUCCUCAAUUUUUACCACGCCUUCCUCCCCCACAAGGCGUCGGUAGCGGCCCCACUACAUGCCCUCCUGCACAAAGAGGCAAAAUGGCGGUGGGGGUCAGAGCAGGAACGGGCGUUCAAAGGAGUCAAGGCAUUACUGGUGUCCAAUGCAGUGUUGACUCACUACGAUGAUAAUAAAAUGUUGGUGUUGGCUGCGGAUGCAUCUCCUUAUGGGGUGGGGGCGGUGCUCAGCCACUUGAUGCCAAACGGCGAGGAAGCUCCCGUAGCAUUUUAUUCCCGCUCACUGUCAAGCGCGGAGAAGGGGUACGCCCAGAUCGACAAGGAGGGACUGGCGCUUGUUGCAGCAGUUAAAAAGUUUCAUGACUUUUUGUAUGGUCGGAAGUUUCUCCUUGUCACCGACCACAAGCCCCUGUUGGGAAUCUUUGCCCCGGACCGGCAACUUCCCAACAUCAUGUCAGCGCGGAUGCUGAGGUGGGCUCUGUUCCUGUCCGCCUACGAUUACGACCUGGAACAUCGGCCGGGUAAGGCGAUUGGUCACGCGGACGCUUUGAGUCGCUGCCCUCUGCCCGGCCUGGACUCAGACCCAGCUCCAGCUAGCGAGGUGUUAGCGAUUGAUGAACUGUCCCAGGCUCCGAUCACCUCUAAGGACAUUGCGGCUGCGUCCGCUAAAGACAUUGUGAUCUCCAGGGUUUUGAACUGGGUUUGGAGGGGGUGGCCUGUGGGCUCCGUGGAGCCAGAAUUUGCGUGUUACAAAAUGCGUCAAAACGAGCUGUCUGUGUCAAAGGGAUGUCUUUUGUGGGGAAGCCGGGUGGUGGUCCCUCACAAACUCAGGGAAAAAGUGCUGAAAUCACUUCACGAGGGCCAUCCCGGCAUGGUCCAUAUGAAGGCGCUAGCUCGCGGGCCGCAGCCCGGCCGAGAUGUUAAUGGGUCGCCGUUUAGCAACGCUAUUAGACAGGUUGCAUCCAGAUCUGAACGAUCUGAAACCACAACCACAGACCGAGAGUCCGAAGGUCCGGACAUACGAAAAGGGUAUCCGGAAGAGAGUCUAAGCCUUUCCAGCAGUAUUUACUACCUUGAGGAUUAA